AUGAUUCCAACAGAUCUUUCUAACUCUCCAUAUUACGAUCAGAUUACUGCUGAUGAUGCAGAAAAGCAAGAGGAAGAAACACAUUUGCUAUUUCGCAAGAAGAAAAACGCAAAAUCGAAAGUGAUGAAAAUUCACAUCGUAAUAUCUUUUUGCGUGACACAUUUCUUCGUUUGUGUAUAUGAUGAACAUAUUUCAAAAAGUAUAAAAACAUUGAGGAGAACGCCUCCACACAUUUCUUGCUUCUUCAAAACAAAGUCGUAA